AUGUUAAAGGGCGGCUUAUUGCCUUCACCGACAAUUACUCCUUUGACUAAUUCAAUAUCAUCGAAAAAUAAAAUUAACAGUCAAACGUUUGUUGAAUUGCGAUCUGAUGUGCCAAACGUUCGAAUUUACUUCAGUGUCGAUGGAACAAAACCGGAUCCAUUUCAAACAUUUAGAACGGGAAGGGUCUCAACAUUUAUGUACAAAGGUGCAUUUCGACUAGAACCUGGCAGAAGAGUUAUAAAAGCCCUUACCGAUCGCUCACCACUACCAAGGAGAAAACAAUUUGAAAACAAUAAACGACGAACAAAUUCAGAUUCAAAGCAGAAAAAUACUCCUUCAUUGUCAAGGUCACAUUCCGGUGCUUUUGGCAGAAGAAAUGAACCAUUUAAACACAUUAGAUCAGCGUGGGAUGAUGCUUUCAAUGUACAAGGAUCAAUUGAAGGUCCGAUUUCACCAGUAAAUUAUGCGGGAACACAAAUCAACAUUUGGGGUAUACCGCCUGGGGGACAGUUUGCUGAUGAACUUUUUCACAUGGCAAAUCCAUCUCGUAAUUCGCAAUACGGUUAUAUGACGGAAAAGAUGCUCGAACGUUUGCAACAACCAAAAUACAUUCCAAUUGCCACAGAACCUCAAAUUGCUGAUAUUACUCAUGAUAAAUUGGAACAAGAAAAUUUUUGGGAUAAAAAACCCACACCGUUUAGUAUGGCUGAUGGAAACUGGAAAAAAACCCUUGAACAUAUUUUUUCAAACACUUAUAAUUAUGUCAAAGAUGACGAAGAAUUACGUGAAUCAUUUGGAUCGAAAAAGUUUGGCAGACAACGCACAAUGAUUCAAAAUUUACAAUUUUUAGAGUAUAACCAACAGCCAACAUCGGAAUUAGAAAAUAAAAAGCCGCCAACGCGUAAAAGAGUACGAACACCUCGAGAAGAAGACAAACCAAUCAGGCAGCCAGAGCGACGACCGAAACCGAACACUCCACCUCAGACAUCUCCACGUACUUCACCUCUACCUGUCGAACAGCCUAAUGAAUCGAUGCAUGAUGAUCAUAAGCCAAAAGUGUACACUGAAGAAACAGUACAACAAGGUACUCUUAUUCCAUUUCAAAAUUUUAAUGCUGAACAAGAUUGUGAAGCAUUACGAAAAGCAGUGAAAGGUUUGGGGACAAAUGAGAGUAUGCUAAUACAUAUUCUUGGGAAUCGAAGUGUUGAACAAAGAUUAAAAGUCAAAGAUACUUACAAGAUAUAUGGUCAAUCGUUAGAGAAAGACGUCGUUGGAGAUACUUCGGGACAUUUCAAAAAGAUUUUAGUUGCAUUAUUACAAGGAAAACGUCCUGACUCAAAUGAAAUUAAUGAAGAUGAUGUACAAAAUGAUGCUCGACGUCUUUAUGAUGCAGGUGAAAAGAAGUGGGGCACUGAUGAAUCGCAGUUUAUUCAAAUUUUAUGUAAUCAAAGUGAUGUGCAAUUACGAGCAGUAUUUGACGCUUAUGGACAGUUUAGCAAGAAAGAUAUUGAAGCAGCAAUUAAAUCAGAAACAAGCGGUAGUUUACGCAAAAGUUUACUCGCUAUAGUACGUGUGAUGCGCAAUCGUCCUGGUUAUUUUGCAUAUCAAUUGAAGAAAGCUCUCAAAGGACUAGGUACGGAUGAAGAAGCUCUCAAUCGAAUUAUAAUAUCUCGCUGUGAAGUUGAUAUGAUACAGAUAAAAGAGGAAUAUAGCCAAAUUGGAAAACGGACACUUGAAAAUCAUGUUCAAAGCGAUACGUCUGGUGACUAUCGAAAAUUGUUACUUGAACUUUUGAAAGAUCCAAAUCAGCGGACAGCCAAUAUAGGCGAUGCAGGAAAAACCGGAGAUUUAACGUUACCAGGAUAUGAACAGCCACUUGUCUAUAAUGAAGAAAUUAUCCAACAAGGUACAAUGGUUCCUUAUCCCAAUUUCGAUGCAAAUCGAGAUGCAGAAGCUUUGCGCAAAGCAAUGAAAGGCAUGGGAACCGAUGAGAAAACUCUAAUUAAUAUAUUAGGAAAUCGAGUAACAGCGCAACGUUUACAAAUAAAAGAUGCGUUCAAGAGUAAAUUUGGACGAGAUUUAACCAAAGAUUUAAUUGAUGAAACGUCCGGAAACUUUAAAAAAUUGCUUGAACGAUUAAUGUUGGAUCCCGUUGAACUCGACUGUUUUGAGUUGAGACAAGCAGUCAAGGGAAUAGGAACAGACGAAGAAACUUUAAUUGAAAUAUUGGCAAGUCGUUCAAAUGCACGACUAAAAGCUAUCAAUGAUAUGUACCCUAAAACGUUGGAGAAAGAUGUUUCAUCCGACACAUCAGGUUCGUUUCGACGAUUAUUAGUGGCACUGUUACAAGGAAGGCGACCAGAAACAAUCGAGGUUAAUAUUGAACAAGCGAAACAAGAUGCGCAGACACUCGUUGAUGCUGGAGAACAAAAAUUCGGAACUGAUGAAUCCCGAUUUAAUGUACUGUUUUGUGAUAGAAGUGAUUCGCAAUUCCGAGCAAUUAUCAAUGAAUUUACAAAAUUAACUGGAAAAACGAUCGAAGAAUCAAUCAAAUCCGAAACAUCAGGGGAUUUAUCAAAAGGACUUCUUGCCAUUGUUCGUUGUAUACGGUCCCGUCCACACUUUUUCGCUGAACAACUUCGAAAAUCAAUGAAGGGAGCAGGAACGAAAGAAUCAACUGUUAAUCGUAUAUUAAUCACUCGAUCUGAGAUUGAUCUUGUACAGAUAAAGCAAGCAUUCAAUCAUUUAUUCAGCAGAGACUUGGAAAGAGAUAUUAGUGCAGAAACAUCAGGAGAUUACAAAAAACUAUUGCUGGAAAUACUAAAAGAGCCAGCUCAACGUGGUGCAACUUAA